CAACCGGGAAGGAGCGCCACCGCGACAAAUUAGGAAGGAUGCACCCGAAUCCUGGCUGUAAGUAAACUUGUGUCGCUGUAAACUUCAACCUCAGUUCCGCCUGACUUCACGAUAGCACUUCAAUGCCGAAACCAUAGUGGCCAUAUCAAGUCUAUUCCUUCCCCAUCAAAUGUAGCCGUGGCCUUCGGAACAAGGCGGCGGAAAUGAGCCCUCGUUCAACGCUUGCGACACCCCGAGUCCGCUCUGAGGCCAAUCACGCCACGAGUUCAGUGGUCACCCUCGCUUCGCCGGCCCGUUUGGAAUCGUCCAACGUGCCGCAGCGUCGACUGCUGUGGAAGAGCGCGCAUCUCCGUUGAUACUGAUGCCUCCCCUAGGCAUGAACGACCUUGGAAAAUGGUGUCGUUUCAGUGCCCAGGCACUACGCAUGGAGCCGGCCCAGACCACCCAGGCAUGGCUCGAGGAUCCGAGUCGGUCCCGGCUGCCGAGCACUUCUGCGUUCUCGGCACCUAUAAAAUGGUUGACAGAACUAUCCAAGGGACACAGAGAGCCUUCCAGUGGUUAAUGCUACCUCAUCUCCGCGAGACUUGAAAAACGCUACUCUAUGAGCGGCAGACACACAGUACUCAAAUGGCACAUCUCUGUUGCCCUGGUUCUUACCUUCCGUCGCGCGAGGUAUGGUUGAAAGGACAAAGACAGCCUUUCCAAACUUACCAUGCAGUUGCUGUCAAGCUGUUCAUGAUAAUGCUUACAAACGGCUCAAGCACGGUCCGGUCAGCUACUGAAGCGUGAACGGCCUUGCAAAGGAAACAGUCGCCGAGAGCUGGUCACAUCGCGGAAAGCCACGAAGCGUUCCAGCAAUCAGACUGAACAUCCGGAUACCGACGCUCGUUCAGCCCUUGAUCCGUAGUCUGCUCUUAUUCACAGCCCCAACCUCGAAGUGACCCAAGCAGAAGAGGCGGAUCACGAGCCACUGUCGGCUGAAGGGGAGGGCGACACAGCCAGUCGUACGCACAUUUGUAUAAAGCUUUGAGAGCGGCUCUGAGCACGGCACUCGACCGCCAUGCCUGAGCGCAGGCUGUUCAGAGGAUACGGGGUUGUACAGUGAACAGCGCUUCACCCUAGCUGCUGCCAUGGAGUAGUCGACAAUUUAUAAUUAGUCCCCAACGGCUUCUCACCUGUGCCAUCAGUUGCUACUAAGCAUGCACUCUGUCGCUCACUAUUAUCCAUCUUGGCCACAAAGUCGCGAACAAACACUUUCGUUGCCUGCACAUGAACACAACUGAGCAGAAAACAUGGGGACCUGGCGAGCACAAUGGCGGAAAACAAAACGCUUUCUCGCUGCACUCUUUUUGCUCGUCGUCAUUUACUUGACCAGCCAGCUCGUUGUCUGGGGCUUCAGUCGUCUUUUGGCACCGGUUGAUCUCGAAUUCUUCGCAUCGGUACUAGCGAUGGUCUUUGUCUUUAUCACCAUGACAGUGGCUAGCUACAUGUUUCCGGAUAUCGACACUGUCUACCAGCAACAUUUCAAGGCCAAGAUGAACUUUAUCAACGCCAAUCUUGGUAUCGGCUUUUCAAUACCCAUAAGUCUGAUGAAGCAAUCUGACAUCUUGAGUGGGCACGACAUUGUUCGUGUAUUCGGAACGUUUAUCACAACGAAUGUCACGUCUUGGAUUGGUAUUCUCUUGAUAACAGCCCUCAUUGUACGGGUUGUAAAAACUGUCGAAGAAUUCUUCGCCUCCGUCUUUGGCUGUAGACGAGCCCCCAGGGGAACAGCACCUAGACCCGGCCCUCCAAUGUACUUGCCAGAGCCUGAUCCUGGGAUCUGGAUGCGAACAUAUAUGUCACCGCCGUCCCCCGGAGAAUGGCUACGAAGUCCACUAUAUGCCCCGGCGUCGCCAGAAAGUCCGCCCGCGCCUCCGAUUUUGUCAACUAAUGCCCCUCAGCGGCCUAUGAAGGAUGUUUUCAGCAAGAACCCUGCCAUCAUCCUAGCAUUCGUUGGUAUCCUGUUAGUAGGUGCCCCUAUCGCAGCCGCCACAGAAGAUGAGCGGUGCCUGGAUGCCUUCGUCAUCUUGUUUCUGUGGAUAUCUUCAGUGCGUUUUCAGUUGUUUUUAAAGAAGCCUUCGGUUUUCAAAUCGAAUCUCAAGGUAAAGAACGUGCUGGUAACGCUGAUGAAUCCAGUUCUGGGAACUACUCUACUUUUGAUUGCUUACACGAGAGCAAAGGCAGCUUCGAAAGAUGUCAAGGUCACCGAAGUUCUCGCUACUUUAAGCAGCGACACUCCAUUAUAUGCCUUGUGGACUUCCCAGGUCACGCAUCAACGCUUGCCGCGGAAUCCCGAGGGCUGGUUCGGCGCCGGCGAUCUCGCUCUAUCUUUCCUGGAGUGCGGCCUCUUCGCCUGGGGCUUCAAGCUCUACGAAUGCCGUCGUCAGGUAUUCAGCACCAUGGGAAUGACUGUCAGCAUGGUGUGCAUCGGCGCGGCCGCGGCAAAUGUGUUCCUGUCGGUAGGGAUUGCCCGCUCCCUCGACCUCGAUGUACCCGAAGCCCUCUCUUUUGCGACGAGGAGCACGACCUUGGCUCUUUCUAAACCUGCAAUCACAGCUGUGGGUGGAAACGUGGCCAUCAACGCCAUGAUCGUCGUUAGCAACGGUAUACUCGGACAGCUGAUGUUCCCCUUUGUCGUUGACAGGCUAGGGGUUCAGCGCCCCCCUACGGACUUGAGCGCACGCGAAGCGGGCAUCGAAUUGCAAGACGUGCCUCAGUGGUCUCGGCAUAGGGGGGAGCAUGAGCUGUUGGACGCGGCCACCCAAGACAGCGCCAUGACCAUCGCCGCAGGGGUUACCGCGGGUGUCAACAGCGCGGCCAUGGGUGUGUCGUACAUGUACGGGAUCCGCAGUCGGGCUGCACCGUACACGGCGCUGUCAAUGGUUGUCUUCGGCAUUAUGACGGUGGUGCUUACGACGAUUGAACCUUUCAAGGGAAUGGUCAUCCACAUGGCGAUGGCCUGAGCCCGUCUUGAUUUGGAAGAAUCCGGAGUUGUGGCGCAACGGGAGCAUGUUACGGCGAUGAGUGAGUGUUCACAGGAGUCUAUUAUUUGGGAAGACAUGCGGCCAUGUCGACUGCGAUUUGUCUGCUUGGCGUAGAUGGGUCGAUACCACAGGGUGCGCAACACGAGGGCGUUCAUAGUAAAGCGAUGGAGGGGGCGGCUGUCUUGCGUGUGUGGCAUUAACUAGGCAUUGGUACGAGACCAUAGAUCCACACAAGAUUGAUUCACCA